UUUGUCUUCUGGAGGAGAUCCUGGGUUUUAUCAAGUCAGCCCUGUUGGAUGCUAUCUCUCCCUGCCAGGUUUAGGGACAGGCCUUCAGCAUUUUGAAUCACCUUGACAUGGAGCACAAAGAUGAUGAUGAUGAUGAUGAUGAAUCUUUUGCCAAAUGGAUGAGCAGCUUCUGGGGUCACAGCUGGACGGAGGAGGAUGAGAGAAGACUCCGACUCCGGGAACGCCACCGAUCACAAGCUGCUGGUUACAGGAAAACCUCCCUGCCCUGCCCUUUUCCUGAGCUUCCCAAAAUUACAUCAUCUGACCACCAUCCUAGGAGGCAUUCUCAUGAGGACCAGGAAUUCUGGUGCCGUGCCCACAUGAGGAAUUCCAGGAAAUGCUCGGGAGAUGGGUCAUUCAAGGAGCCACUGGAAUCAAAAGGAAGAUCUUAUUCAAAAAUUCAGGGAGUUUCGGAGUCCUUUGAACAGCAACUAUGCUUUAGAACCAAACGCUCUGUCUCUUUGGGACCUGAAAGUAGAAAAGAGAGAGAUGAAAGAGAGUGCCUGAGGAUGGAGAUAAGAGCCUGUAAGAGAGUGGAGGAAAGAAGAGGCUCUAAGAAGGAAGAUCACGGAGAGGCAUACAUGCCCCCGCUGGUUGAAAAAGGGCCUGAAUAGUACUUUGUUUCCACAUCAUGACUACAGAUGCCACCUUGUGUUUUGAGCCCUACCACACAAUGCUGGGAGCUAGGGAUGGUAGCUGUACAAGGGUGUCUGCAGAUGCUGACUGACAGAAGUGGGUGGUUGGUAUGAUUACUGCUCAAGAUGACUUACGUCAUACUCCAACUGCUCUGACAUCUUAGUCAAGAGUCUAAUCUGCUUUGUUGCCCUUUUAUGGGAAUACAAAGAAUCAGAAGUAUUUUAAUAGAAUAAAAUUAUUCUUGAGAACGUAAAGAAAAAUAUUUAAAGAGCCAACCCACACAUCUUCACCAACCUUUCUUCCACGU